AUGCCAGUACUUGCGAAAGAUCUCAAACAGGAGGAUAAGAAUUUUCCGGAGAAGCGCAAGGCACUUGACUCAAUUUACACGGUCUAUGAAUUUGUGAUCCAAGGUAUAGAUCGCCCUUUCCAGUCUCUUGGAGAUGCAGACGAGCUGGACACUUCUGAACUCCGUGAAAACGAGGAGGAAGAGCAGGACAUUGAUUGUCGAGAUGAGGCUGAGAUUGGCAGCCAUGCCAAUGAGCAGGGAUCUGUCUUAGCUUCCAAGAGCACUAGGGGUGAAACAAGCUCUCUUAAGGAGCAGCAGAAACAGGAGCCCUUCCAUGGAAGUUGA